UUCAAUUCAGACGAGCAAAGCGCCCCGAAGCUCCUGGUUCCGGUCGCAGGAGUUUCUCUUCUUUUAAUUAACCCGGCCGGUUCACUGACGAAGGCUUGGUUCGUGUGUUUUUUCAUGAUUUUGGUGACAGGCGCAGAGAAUAUUUUAACGAUAAACGGAAACCCGACGAUUCGUUGACUUGCGCCGGUUAGAGUCGUCAGCGAAAAUUGAGAGACUGUAAAACACGCCAAGCUUUUGUUUAAGACACGAUCAAGUAAAAGGGAACUGAGAAUAAGAAGAAAAAAAAACAAACGUUUAAUCGGUAAUUCGAGAAAACUGAGAAUCGGAGGUUCACCUUAAAUUAUCGAAGAACAGUUGAGUUUAUCUACAUCGUCGUGACUGUACCGAACGGUAUAGAGGAUUUUGGAUAAAGUUUGUGGAUCGUUGAGCAGAAUGCCGCGUGAAAACGUAACAGAGUCCGUGGACCCAGGAAUCGUUCCAUCGUCAGAGGAUACGGCUAAUCGUUGUGCGAGCAUCGACAGGGCACGAAUGAAGCCGUCAACGUCAUUUGAUUCGGACAACUCGUCUCGAAGACGCAACUCCUCGAGAUCAUCGCCGGAAAGUUCUGACUCCGAGCAGACGUCGUCCGACGAUGAGUACGACAGUGAAAAUGAGGAGUUGAGUGACAACACGCAAGUCUCAGGCAUGACAAAGGGGUUGAAGGGGCUCAAUCUGAAUUCUGCGAGAACGAGCACCAAGGAGAAUGCACCGAGCGACGGUGCAUCCGAUUCUGAAUCAGAUUCAAGUGGGGAUGAAAUCGUGGCGCGAGGUCCGAACAUUCCUCGUCGUGCAAGCAAGAAGCGCUCAGAACCCUACCAUCCGAACGACCGUGGAAGAAUCGAAGGAAAUUACCAGUCAACCUUAAAUCUACACGACCAUACUUUGCAAGAAGCGGUCAACUCGGUAUACAAAUCGGAUCCAGUGCUUUUCGAUGGACUGGUGGCUAAACUGCUCUGUGAAACAAAUUCCAUUGAAGCGUUUGGAAAUGACUACAAUUGGACUCCGGGCAACUUAUCGAGAAACAUGGCUACAGUUCCAGAUAUACACAUUGAGCAAUCAAGCCCAAAUAACUUCUCGCCUACGCCUUUUCAGUGGGAGGGGUUUCCCUUAUCACCAUCGACAUCGCAAAUUUGCGACACCCCGAAUCAUAGUCCAGAAGGAAGUUCUAGCCACUGGAACCCGGACGAAAGCACCCAAUAUUUGUUCCAUAACUCGCCAACAAAUAACAUGCUCACUACCUGCAAUGAUAAAUGGCUUCCGAAUGGUAAUAGCGUAGAAACGCAGAGCAAUUCAUCAGGGAAACAAUUUUUCAUCGACUCCCCAGGCUCUGAUUACCAACUAGAGUCACAGGUACUUACCGAUUUUAUCGACGCGGAAACCUUUCGGAACUUGGCCCCAUAUAACGCCUUGCCGUCGCCGGGUUCGAUAAUGGCCGAUAAUACCUCUAUUGAAAGCAAAGUAUUAAACUGCGACUUUGGCAACAACGAAAACACAAUUGGAAUUUACCAUCAGGUACCCAACAUUUCGUCUUCCCCGACAAGUUCAGAUACGAACGGUUCUCUUCCAUCCCCGAUUCACAAUCAGACAACUCUGAAACAAAUCAGCAUGACAGGUACCAAUGGUGGAGCAGUAACAUACUCCACAAAUCACCAUUCGACAGAUCAACAAUGCGAAAUCCGUUUUGACAGCGACAAUACCUGGAAUUCGACGAAAUCCAUGCGAUCGAAAAAUUUGCCACCUACGAAAUCAAGCCAAACAUUGCCGAGGACUGAGGGUAUUUUUCAAACCCCAAAGAAACCCGCGAAAUUUCGAGCCACAACGGCCACACGCAAAGAGCCGGACUACGUGGCUUGCUUAAAAACACCAACAAUACCAGGUUGCGACAGUCUGAUGGAAAAUGUAAGCAACUCUGCAGCAUCUGAGGCCGCAAGUGAGAUGAUGGAUUGGAAAGAAAGCUACAAUGCCGCGGGCGAUUCGACCCUAAUGGCAUUAAUACGCAACCUGAAGCCAGAUUCGAAACCCAGAAUCGUAGCUUUGGUGCGAAAGAUGAAAACUCGACCCGAAACUUUCAGUUAUAAGAACCGAUUCGGACACGAUGCUCUGUACUUGGCAGCAAUUUUUCAUCCCGAGCUUCCGGAACUAAGUCGUUUUAUAGCAGAGGCCUGGAUACAGAGCAUUACCAACUCGACGAUACCUGUCGACAUCCAGCCUACUAGAUACGACACGCAUGACUCGGACACGCUGCUGCAUUUGUUGGCGGCUAAAGGAGACAGCCACGCGAACAUUCUCAAAGAACUUAUGUCGGUCGGGUCCAGUAUGUUCGAUGUGUCGGCGGUAAACAUCAAAGGGAAGAUACCUCUUCAUGUCGCUGUGGAAUGCCACAGCGAGGAGAAAUCUACCGUAGAGAUAUGUAGAUUGCUAUAUAAGCCAGAUUUCUAUUGUGACAUUGAGCAUAUCACAUUGGAGAUGUUAAAGAAGCAGAAAUUAAUUGAGGUUAUUCUCGGUGAAUGCGGUAGCAAUACGUCCAGCACUGGUAACUAGAUGGGUGAUAACCUUACAGGCCAUGAAAGUUUAUCGCCUAAGCGGUCGGAUUGCCGAUUGCUUAUUGACCCCGACUGGAGGAAAAGGCUACGCUUACAAGAUUGAUACCGGUUCUAUCUGAACGGGGAUGGUUUAAGAAGAAUGUGUUGCGUGAAGAACAGAAAACACAGUUAACGUAGCUGCUGAAAAUCUCACAUUACGAGAAUGCCACAAGCAUGUAAUAUAACAUUUUCAUCGUACACCGUUUAACCACUUAGCAGUUAGGUGAAAAUAAGAUUUUUUUUGAAGAUUUAUCCUACAAUUCAACGACCUCAAAAACAAAUUACAGCCAAAUCGGUGUAGUAAAUGUAUGUUGUCUCUUUUCAAACGUUCACAUCAGUGUUACGUCACAAAAGUGGGAGGACUAUUUUCUGCCCAUAUGUGUGUCACUGACAGUUAAGGGGUUAAAUCUCCAAAAUUAAAUGUUAUGCAGGAAUAUAUGAAUCUCAAACCGGCAGCAGAUACCGGAACGGCUGACCGAACUAGGGUCUACCCUAUCUACUCGUAUGUUAAAGUGCUAAGCUUUCGAAAGCUGAAAACCGAAUAUCGCCAUGAAAUUCGGCACACAUAUUCUAUUUGAAUGAUUCAAUAUUUCGAUAAAUAUUGCGAGUCGCCCAAAAAUUUUUUUAAGGGGACGCUUGGAUGGGCAAAUGGAAUGCGUGUGCCCAAAAAUUUCAUGGCAAAAUUUGGUUUGCGACUUUUGGAAGUACACGCUGUUAAGGUAACAAACGUGUCAUCGAUCGAUAGUUUAGUCGAUUUAAUUUUAUUUUUAUCUCAGUGCAAAAAUACCUACAAGCCGUAAUAUUUUUUUUUUGUUUUAAAUAAUAUAGAGUCUUAAAUCACUUCAGAUGAUUUAAUUUACAGUACUCCCUCCGUAAUUUCUCUCUUUAUAAUUUCUCGAUGAAUCAGCCCCGAGGUGCGGAAAUUACGGAGAGAGCAUUGUAUAUAUAAUGUACAAAGGACGAGAGCAGUUCCAUAGAUAUAUUUUUAUAUACCACUGGAAUGUUUUCCUCGCUUUUAGAUGCCUCCGAACAGGGAGUAAAGUAGUACUUUUAAGUCCUAGGGAGUAAAAACGACUUUUACUCCCUUCUCGGAUUCUCAGGGCUUAAAAGUGGAAGUUGCUUAUUUUUAGUCCUUGGGACGCGUGGUUGGGUUGAGUUUGGGUUGAAUGUUAUACGACCCCAUGAGAUAUGUCGGCUCGGAAGCUCGGAAAACAUGGCAGGGGGUAUAUAAAGUAUCGCGUGCACCUCGGGAGCAAGCCAUUUUAAAGCCUCGGGCAAUUUUACUCCCUUGGUGCACGAUCUACUAUUUUAGAUUCGUAUAACGCUGAAUAUUUUUAUAAUAACCUAUACACGCAUAGAAGUACAGGCAAGCGUUAUUCGUUGUUUUAUCAAUUUUACAAUCGACUUUCGCUAUGUGAUAACGUAUGCCGAUCUGCUCGUAUAGUAAUGACCAGAGCGUCAUUCCCACGCAUCUCUCACCCGUAUUGAAGAGAAUUUUCUUGAGAUUCUUCAAAGAGAAACAGAGCCGAAACACUAACUGCAUUGUAAACAUUUGCGAAAGAAAUAGAAUGACUCGAUUGAUUUCCUCGUGAAGAAUGCUCAACGCGAAUGAAUAUAACACCUUAAUUCGAUCAUUAGAAAAAUUCAACUUGAUCGUACGUUUCGCCUCGAGACAGAUUAUAAAUAAUAUGUAUAACAGACGUGCAUUUUCAUCGCGAUAAUGUGAUUUCAAGUUAAGGGCUGUAAUUAUUGACGUAGACAAAUAUGUGCCAUUCAUUCCACAGAACACAAAAAUUUUUGGCCUUACAUACAAUUCGGAUAUUGUUAUUCCUAUUAUUAUUACUAUUAAGAUCAUCACUAUUAUUAUUAUUGUUAGUACUCUUAUUAUUGUUACUACUAUUACUUUUUCCACUACUACUAUUCAUCUUUCUCUCUCUUUCCUGUGAUAUAUCGUGUUUCUGUACCUUAUUUAACUGACGCACCAUCAGAAACGUGUGAAAUUGCAUUUUCUUGGGUAGACAUAUUUAUGACAUAUGACAUAAUGACCUUCAAACUAUAGUCACACGAUUUUUGACACGUGGAUGGUACAUUUAAAGUAUAUGUUUACUUUUUUAAUAUUUUUUAUUCAAUAUGUAUAUAUACACAAUAUGGAGCAUUCCAUGUCAGUUCGACCGGUAAUUUCUCCUCAAUAAUUUUUAUUCUCUUCACAAAUUUUCAUACGAUUCCUCAGUCUCAAAAAAUUACUCCUGAAUUUGUUCAGAUUUUUAUCUCCAAUCGCGAAUUUUCUGAUUAUUCAAACUCAUCUAACAAACGGCAUUUUUUUUAAAUCUCACAAUCAAAUAUUAUCAA